CCACUGUGUACUGGAUCUUGAAGUGGAUCAGGCAAGAGGAAGUCUCGCGAGAUUUCAGCGUGGCUAUAUAAACGCGCGCGACCGCGGAUCUGUGGGUUUUUCUUGACUUCACGUAACAGAACGCAGCGGACCAAAGUUCAAUCCAAGAUGUCAGCUGGCAAAGCACAGAUCGGCAAACCUGCCCCUGACUUCACAGCCAAGGCCGUGAUGCCUGAUGGCCAGUUUAAAGAUCUGAAGCUGUCAGACUAUCGAGGAAAGUACGUUGUUUUCUUCUUCUACCCUCUGGACUUCACCUUCGUCUGUCCCACCGAGAUCAUCGCCUUCAGUGACGCAGCAGAAGAAUUCAAAAAGAUCAACUGUGAGGUCAUCGGUGCGUCUGUAGACUCGCACUUCUGCCAUCUGGCCUGGAUAAACACCCCCAGGAAGCAAGGUGGCCUGGGACACAUGAAGGUUCCUCUGGUGGCCGACACCAAACGGACCAUCUCUCAAGACUACGGUGUACUGAAGGAGGACGAAGGCAUCGCUUACAGAGGUCUCUUCAUCAUCGACGAUAAAGGCAUCCUGAGGCAGAUCACCAUUAACGACCUGCCGGUGGGUCGGUCGAUCGACGAGACGCUGCGUCUGGUGCAGGCCUUUCAGUUUACAGAUAAACACGGAGAAGUUUGCCCAGCCGGCUGGAAGCCCGGAAAGGACACGAUCAAGCCUGAUGUCCAAAAGAGCAAAGAUUUUUUCUCCAAACAAAACUAAGCGCACGAGACUCUGCAGUGUAGUCUGACCAGCCCCACACUGGCACUUAUACCGAACCUCAGUAACAAUUAUGACUCUGUUAAGCUUAAAAUAAGUGUGUAGGAUUGUAAUUGUUGUUUAUGUUGUGUGACGUCGUGAGAAAUAUGAUGCUCAUGUAGAAGGCCACUAUUUUGUAUGUUUAUACCGUCUCAUGUUUCCUUUGUGAAAUAAAAAAGGAAAAUGACAGAG